UGGUGGUGUUGGAGGGGGAGACAAAGUGUAGCUCUGUCAGCUCUGUGUCAGUGUGUGACACUUCUCUGAGACAGAUAUGGCUUUCCUCAGUCUCUUAACUUCUAGAACCUUACUUAGUCACCUUUUCCUCUCUGCCCUCACAGGUGGGCAUCUUUCUCUUUGUCUACUUGUAAAUGCGUCCAUUAUCACCAAUCAAACUCCCCUGACCAUCCUCAUCACGUCCACAACAGAGGUUUUACCUGCUCUGCCGGCUGUCAAACCUCCAGGCCCACAGGGGGUGUCAAUUUUACAACAGCCUCCAAAGGCAAAAGCUGUGGAAGGGGAGAAUGUGAUGUUACCCUGUUUUUUAAAAAGUGGUGUGGAUGAAGUACUGGCUGUGGAGAACGUGAGCUGGUAUGUGCUGAGUUUGGAGGAAAGGAGGAAUGUUCUACAUGGAAAUGAGACGGUGGAGGAUGUGUUUGCUGGUCGUGUGUUUUUGUCUGGUGAUCUGCCUAUGGGAGAUCUAUCUAUGACACUAAGGAACAUUUCAGUGGAAGAUCAAGGAUUAUAUUUGUGUGCCUUCAUAUCAACAAACUCAACUAUUCUUCAUGGAGGUGGGACCAAACUCAGCAUCCGCAAAGAGCUGGGUGUGAUUGAAGAGUCGGUGGGCACUAUGAUUGGCAUCGUUGUGGCAGUUGUUGGCGUGGCAGCGGGGCUGGUUGCUGUGAUACUGACUCAGUUCAGGGACAAACUAAACUGCCUGCCGAAAUGAAGUGGGAGCCACGGCUUUGGUGGUUAAAAGUGCGGAGAGGUUACGGUAAAGGCCAAAGGUAAAAGAGAACAAGCGCACAUACUCUCACAGUCAAACUGCCAAG